AUGUUUUCUUGCAAUCAUAAUUUAACAACUGAAGAAGUUCGUCGAUAUAGUCGGCAGCUAAUAGUCGAAGAGAUUGGAGUUGCAGGUCAAGAAAAAUUGCUUUAUUCUUCUCUUCUCAUUGUUGGUGCCGGUGGAUUAGGAUGUCCAGUUGCAUUAUAUUCUGCAGCUGCAGGGAUCGGACGAAUCGGUAUAGUUGAUGGCGAUCAUAUUUCGAUUGACAACUUGCAUCGUCAGAUCGCCCACUCGGAAAAUGACUUAGGCAAUUCCAAAGUAUCUUCAUUGCUGGCAUCAAUUAAUCAAUUAAAUAGCAAGGUCAAAGUCGAGAUCUUUGAUACUCAUUUAACGGUUAAAAAUGCUGUAAAAAUUUUAAAUAAUUACGAUGUAAUAGCUGAUUGCACAGAUAAUGUUCCAACCAGAUAUCUGAUUAAUGAUAUUUGCGUAUUGCUUAAGAAACCUUUGGUAUCAGGUAGUGCUCUUCGUUGGGAGGGACAGUUAAGCGUCUAUAACUUUGGCCAGGAUUGUCCAUGUUUCCGUUGUAUAUUUCCGAGGCCGCCGCCUGCUAUUGCAGUAUCUCGUUGUGCUGAUAGUGGUGUAAUAGGCCCAAUUGUGGGUAUUGUUGGCAAUUUGCAGGCUGUCGAAAUCAUAAAAAUUUGUGCUCUUAAUAUUUCGAGUUUUGCUGGACGCAUUUAUUUAUUUAAUGGAUUAACGGGAAUAACUAAAAAUGUGCGUUUAAGAAAUCGGCAGGCAAACUGUGCGGUCUGUUCUGCUAAUAACGAUAAAAAUUUCCUUGGAGAUUAUGAAAUGUUUUGUGAUUCUCCGAUAAAUGACAACCCCAUCUCGCUGGAUCUGUUGGCAACCGAUGAUCGAUUAACGGCUGGUGAAUUUUAUAGUAUGUGCAUAUCAGAUUCUCCUUGUCUUAUAGAUAUAAGGUCGUCAAAUCAGUUUGACAUCGGUCAUAUUUCUAUUGCAAAAAAUAUCGAAUUUUCAAAUCUUAUAAAGAUGACCAGAUCUAAUCUUCUUUCAUUCUUGGACUUCGAUGAAAAUCGCUUGAAAUCAGUAGGAGUUUUAGUUUUAGUUUAUGUAAUCUGUCGGCGAGGAAAUCAUUCCCAGUUGGCUGUAUUAAAUCUACGCGAGAAAUUCGCUGAUAUCGAUCCAUUGCGUUUUAAAGAUAUUAUCGGAGGAUACGAAUCUUGGGCAACUUUGGUUGAUCCUUCGUUUCCAGUUUAUUAA